AUGUUUGACCAAUUUCUCUAUAUUCCAGCUCUUCUCCUGACCUUCAGCAAUCAUGUUUUGGCAGAGCCCAUACGGGCCUUGGACACCGACUUUCCUGACCCUUGUUUGAUACACACGGAUCAAGGGUACUAUGCGUUUGCUACGAAUGGAAAUGGUAUCAACGUCCGAAUCGCCUCGUCCACCGAUUUCAUGUCCUGGGACCUGCUUUCGGGAGUGGACGCUUUGCCCGGACCAUUCCCACCCUGGGUGGCUUCUUCUCCCGCCGUCUGGGCUCCUGACGUGAUUCAACGGCCGGACGGGAUGUAUGUCAUGUAUUUCUCUGCCGCGGCCGCGAGUGACACGAGCAAGCAUUGUGUUGGUGUCGCCACAUCAUCGACUGUGACUGGUCCCUACAUGCCGGAAAACGCACCUCUAGCAUGCCCUCUACAACAGGGUGGUGCUAUAGAUCCUGACGGCUUUUACGAUGAUGGCUCAUUCUACGUGGUCUACAAGAUCGAUGGCAAUAGCCUUGAUGGCGAUGGCACGCUUCACUCUACACCAAUCAUGCUCCAAGCACUUGACUCGGAUGCCGUGACUCCAUACGGUUCCCCUAUCCAAAUUCUGGAUCGCAGUGACGCUGAUGGCCCGUUGGUCGAAGCACCCAGUUUGGUGAAAAGGGGUGACACAUAUUACCUUUCCUUUUCAUCUAACAUGUACGACACCCCACUAUACGAUGUUAGCUAUGCAACCGCAUCAAAUAUUACGGGCCCAUACACCAAAGCACAAGCACCCAAUGCCCCGUUACUCGUGUCUGGUGAUAGUAGUAACGUUGGACCUCUCUCUGGACCAGGAGGUUCCGACUUUUCUGUGGACGGUACCAGAAUCGUGUUCCAUGCCUUUGAGAAUGGUCAAAACAUUAGCAAUGGCCGGGCGAUGUUUACUUCUCUGAUUCAGGAGUCUAAUGGGAUAAUUCAGCUGAUAUAG